AUGGGCUGCCCAUCGUGGGCGAUCGGUGUGCUAUGGGCCCUUUGCGCAAGUCUCCACGCCUCGGGGCAGAUUGAUCAGACGCCCUUUGGAGACGGCGACAAGAGCUUCAAACAGCAAAGUCAGCGGAAGGACGAUCGGAUCAUUGACUUCUCUUCGUGGGGCAGGGCCGUGGACAGCACUGUGAUUCUGGACCCUGUGCAGUAUGGCACCAGUGGCCCAUUUGCUAUCAACAUCUGGUUCAAGGUGGACAGCCUGAAUGGGAAUGUGCAGCUCUACUUCCCAGAGUUUGGACACCCUGCAUACGGGGUUGUGCGGGCCAUCGUCAAGGAUGGAUCUGACACGUAUAGGGGCCUGCCCUCUGUCACCUUCUUGGACUCUUCUGGGGAGGUGUCGAAUCUGGCGCGCAAUGCCACCAACCGAGGGCCGCCCUAUCCAAGCCUCCAGGACAUGCGUUGGCACAUGCUCACCCUCACUUCACAACCCGACGGCAGCAAUGGCUAUUGCAUGUAUGUGGACGGCAAGCUUGCAGGGCAAAUGCAGGAGAAUGCCACCUACAUCGGCAGCGAUGGCAUCAGGCGCACAGUGGACGGGGGACAGCCGAUGAACAUUGAUGGCAGCAUUGUGCUCUGCGGCCGCUCCGAUGGGGACAAUGCGCGGGGUUACAGCGGUCAGCUUGCUGAGCUGGCUAUCUGGGAUGAGAGCCUGUCAGAAGCGGCCGUGGCCAAGAUCUACAGUGCCGGGCUUGGGUUUUCAAGCAAUCAAAUGGCAUCCACAUCACCAUCAGAUGUAGUGGAUACCGCACCUCCUGCGCCCGCAGAGCCACCGACAAUCACCCCUUUGGCGUCUGGAAUCGCAGCACCCUCCUACUCUAAAAUUCCCGUUCCAGUUGCUUUCUUUCCGCUGUCAGGCUACCACCUCAACUCAGAGCCCAAGCUGGCCUCUGGCGGAAACUUCAGCGGGGCUGGUUAUAACAUCAUGUGGAUGCCUGAUCCAGACGUAGGCAUUGUUGCUGAGUGCACCAAGGUUAAUGACAGCACCAUUGUGCUAGACCCUGUCAGCUAUGGCUCAAGCGGACAGUGGGCCAUCAACAUCUGGAUGAAGCCUGGCAGUCUGUAUGGCAGCAACUUCCAGUAUAUGUUCUCCCAUGCUCAAAGCAAGUUUUUCCAGACUGGAUGGGAAUCCAACCAGAUCAGGAUGUUCUUCCCUGAGCUGCUGCAUCCUGCGUUUGGCGUCAUCCGCGCAAUAGCAAAGGACACAACAGACACUGAAACUGAAGACUCUGCUGUUGUCUUCCUGGAUUCAGAUGGCCUGGUUGGCGCCUUGACCCGGAACGCGUCAGAGCCAUCGCCGACAGAUGCAGGCAGAGGAAUUUUGCAGGAUGGCAAAUGGCACAUGGUCACACUGUCUUCCCUCUAUGAUGGCACACGGGGCUAUGCAAUGUUCAUUGAUGGGAGGCUGACAGCGGUCCUGAAUGGAAACCAGAGCUACACAGAUGCCUCAGGCAACCCCCUCCACAUUGAUGGUGGAGGCCCCAUGCAGCUUGAUGGCCCCAUUGUGCUGUGCGGACGAUCAGACAACGACACGCUGCGUGGCUACAACGGGCGACUGACCCAGCUGGCCAUUUUUGACACAUCGCUGUCUCCCUUGCAAGGUCUUCCCACAAUUGCGUCUGCUGCCCUGGCUCCUGGAGCAUACUACCCGGAAUCAAGCAAUGCAUACAAGCUGUACGAGGACAGGACAGCGUGCUGGCUGGAGCCUACCCGCUCAGGGGGACAGCUGCAGCAGUGCCGUCCGUACCAGGUUUGCGUGGCACUGUCAGCUCAGGAGAUUGGAGACAAUGCUGACACGCUUCCAGAUGAGGUGCAAGUUGGUGAUGUGGGCAUCUGCACAACCCCUCUACCCAACGGCCUGCUCCUGCCCAACGCCAGCUAUGUGCCUCCAGCACGGGCGUUCUUCCCUCUCACAGGCAGCCUGGCCUCCUACCCGCUGCCCACCUUCACAGGCGCAGCGAUCAACACAGAGCCAGUCUCAGAUCCCAUCUUUGGCAGAGCGUUUGAAUGCAGUCAGGAGCAGGAGUCACAGAUAAUCCUGGACACCGUGCCAUAUGCUGAGAACGGCGACUUCUCGGUCAAUCUGUGGUUCCAGGUCAGCCUGUACUUUCCAGAGAGUAGCCACCAAGCAUUCGGCAUCAUUCGAGCGGUCCUAAGGGACAGCACCGACAUGGACAUUGGUGAUGUGUCUCAGACAUGGGUGGACUCAGAUGGCAGGGUGGCUUUCAAUGGGCGCCGAGGCCCUGGCCUCACUGAUCCACGCACCAGCUCUAUGUCUACCGCCGACACCUCCUCCCUCCUGCUUGAUGGUCAGUGGCACAUGCUCACCCUCACAACCCAGGGCAACGCCACAAAGGGCUACAGGCUGUAUGUGGAUGGCACCAUGAAGGGGCAGAUGGUGGAGAACGUCGGCUACAUCAACGACCAGGGCGACAAUGCGCAGAUCACUGGGGGCAAAUCUGCCGACCUGUCGGGUCCAAUCCGGCUGUGCAGCAGAUCCGACAACAAUGUCACCCGUCACUUUGGUGGUCGGGUUGCGUACCUUGGCUUGUACGACAUCAGGCUGACACAGGCGCAGGUUCGUGUGCUCUACCUGACAGUGCGGGCCGCCAAUGCCACCUCCCCCUUCAUAGCAAUCGGCAACUCUGAGGCUCUCCGCGUCCCCUCCCAAGCCCCACGCGUCUCUCCGCCACCCGUACCACGCUCCAGAGCUGAUGCGCCUGCUGUUGGCUUGCCUCCUGUGGGAGGCCUGGUAUCCAUCUCUGGGAACAGCUGCUACGUGCCUUUGAAGUACAAUGGCACCGUCAUCAACUCCUGCGUCAAGAUCCAUGGCAACGAUGAGCCAGUGUGCUGGGUCAGGAAUGAGGGCUGGCAGGCCUGCAUGACCAGUGCACCCGCCAUGGCGCCUGGCUUAGUUGCCCCUGGGCGGGCCUCAAUCAGCCCAGACUUCAUCCAAAUCACAGCUGCUAAUCGCAUGACUCGUGGCAACCACCCAUGCGCCCUGCCCUUCGUCGUCAAUGGCGAGAUCUUCUCUGACUGCCUUAUGCUCAACACCACAGAAUGGUGCCCAGUCGUCUCAAGCGGCUGGCUGCAGCAGUGCGCAGUUCCUGUGGGUUCAGACCUGUCAUCAACAGGCAAGCAGCACCAGGGCACAAGUGGAGGAGGGCACCCCAAUCACAGCGGAGCAAUAGCUGGGGCAGUCCUUGGAGGCAUUGCUGCCGUUGUUCUUGUCAUCGUCGCAGCCUGUGCAUUUGCGCACACACGCCGGCGCAGGGUGCACGGGCCUGUGUCCUUCCAGAAGUACAAGGACGAUGACGGCGGCCUGGGCAUGAGGGACAGCGCCUACUAUGCUGGCAGCCACGGCAUCUCCCACAAGAGCGGCGAGCUGGAGAUGCACCACUCGGGCGUCUCAGGCACCAGGACCAAGGCUGGAACCAGCAGCCAGGGCAUCAGGCCACAGAAUGGAGGCGCUGGUGCUGCUGGUGUCAAGAUCCCCAACUCAAGCUUUGCCUCAGAGACAGCCCAGGGCAACAGCCGUCCCCUCACGCCGAUGAGCCUGCCGGGCGAUGAUGCCGAGGCGCUGUCCUACCCCACCACACCCUCCUCCUCCUUCCAGAAUGGCCUCAACAGGCCCAGCAUGCAAGUGCCCCUGCGUGCAGGCUCUGAGAUGUCUGCCCCUGUGUCUGAUGACAUCGAGGUGAAGAGUGUGAAGAAGAAGAGUGGCCGCAUUCCUGGCAUGCGAGCAUCAGAGACGCGCAUUGCAACCUCUCCAGAGAAGGGCACUGGCAUGGGAGAUGGCAGUGAGCGGUUCUACUGA